ACUUCGACAACGACCUUUAUCUGACUAGACUGUACAUCGAAGAAAACGUCCACUUCAUCGCAGCAUUCAUAUAGUGCAAGUGAAACUAAGCAGAAAUCUCUUGCCCUGCACCUGAAAUGAAAAGAACAUCGAUGAUAGAGCCUCGCCAAAGGAUAGAAGGACAUACCCAUAUUAUCAAUGAGAUCAUCCACUUGCCUGGUGGACGACGGAUCAUCAGCUGUUCGCAUGAUGGCUCAAUUCGAAUCUGGGACUUGGAGAGUGGGAUGCAGGUCUGCGAGGCCUGGAAGGACGAAGCGGACGGGCCAGUAUACUCCAUAGCAUUGUCACCAGAUGGUAAGAAAGUAGCAAGUGGGAGUUGGGAUGGUAAAGUGAGAUUGUGGAAUAUCGAUACGGGCAAGGUCGACAAAAAAUUCACGGGACAUACAAAGCGAGUUUUUUGUGUGUGCUGGAGUCCAGACGGAGGGCGAGUGGUUAGUGGAUCUGAAGAUGAGACAUUCAGAGUGUGGGAUGUCGAGAGCAGCGAGACGAUAUUGAAACUGGCACCAAAAAUAGAGAACGACUUUAUCUGGCCGGUUUGCGGUUACUCACCUGAUGGCGAUAUGAUUGCGACAGACGGGGAUCACUAUGGGCUGAAAAUCUGGGACGCCAAUACAGGCAAAUUGCUCAAAACAUUCGACACUCUCGGAAUAGUAGACAUGGGCUCCGGAUACAGUUAUCGCCGGCAAAUGGAAUGGUAUCAGGAAAUUCGAUGUCCCCACCUGGACAUAUGCAUAUGGGAUGUCAUAGAAGCUGGUCGCGAAGACCUUCUAUCUGAUAAAGACCGUUUCUCACCAAAACCUCGCAAACUGAUUCAUUCAUCACAGAAUACCGUCAAAAAGCCUCUAUCAGAUGCUGAUGCCACCCGGCAAGGACGCCCGCUAAUCAAAGAUGCUCGUCGGAUACCCCAGGGAUUCUUUGAUGAUUCCCCACAUGUCUCCUUAUGGCGCCGCCACGAGUCGCAUGAGACAACUGAGCGCAACACCAUCUCUCGACCCCAUCCUCUCAGCUGGCCUCGACACUUCGUCUCUGGCAUGUCACACAAACGAAAUCAAACGGACACAGAAUUACAAGAGAUACCCGUAGUCGACGUUCCAUGCACAUGGGCCAAGCCGAGGAACUAUCACGCGGUAAAGAAGCCAUCCGCCAGCUCGUCUCAACGUUCUUAUCCUCAUACCACACAUCAACGUAAUGCAACAACCCAGAACAUACCAUCCUCGUCGCAGGGGCCACCUGCUAAUGCCACGACAUCCGGAGCACCUCCCGCAGUGGACAGUACCACAUCAGCAACUGGAACGACGUCGCAACGCGAUAUCCAAGCUGGAUGCUGGAUUCGUUUCUUGCUCUGUAUUUGUUGUGUGCAUACAGAUGAUCAGCAUUAGUGUAGACAUUACGCGGUCAUCAUUUUUUUCAUUUCCAUCUUCCGUCUUCUCAUCUACGACCCUUCUGUGCUCCGUAUUUCAUGCUUCUCUCAAUACCAUUUCCCUUUUGAUGAAGUCUUGUUGAUUGCCCUGUAUAAGCACUGCACGCUUCAUAGAACACGAUUACACUACUUUCAUUGUAUUACAGUAUGUCUACGCGCUAGGUAACUUAAAACCUAAGACCCGGAUCCCCUUGUUUGUGUCAUUUUCGAUACAUACUGGUACAACUUUGUGACUUUUAUGCUUCCUGCACCAUGACGGACCCUCGACUAAACUUCUCCUUGCAGUUCUCGUUGUACUUGGGGUAUUCGCAUGAAGGAGUGAAUUGAAUGCCAGACGUUCCAGAUGAUUUCAGCUUGCCAC